CAUCGAUGGCAUCGAACCGGCUGGAACUGAACCAUCGAUAUUAUCAGUAGCGCCAUCGAUGGUUUGAUACCACCUCAGCUCCCGCGGAACGCCGAACCGACCGACCGACCACACAAUCCAGACAAUACGACCAGUGACCAGUUGUUAAUGUGCUCCAUCCAGGGUAUCCACUUUCAACCAACGGACGCUGCGCCACAGCCAGAGUUCCGGGAUUAAAGGGCGGCGCAGCAGGACACCGGAUUGGGGAUAAGCAGGAAUUCAAGCUCUUUUCUAGCCCCGCAAUUAGCCGUUCAAGCACUAUCAACACGCCGAUGCCCAGGAAUACUGUGCUCCUGAAGAACAAUGGCCGAUCGCGUUUUGUGCCAGGAGUUGGCAACACCGGGCAGUCACUAUCGUCGCCCCAAAACGGGUGUGGCAAGCGCCAAUGUGGUGUACGCCAACGGAGGCGGAUCCUGGCGUGCCGCGCCAAGGCAAGUCCAACGGCAGCCGAGGCAAGCCGUUCAGCAAUAUGCCAGCACUCUGGCAACUGGAACCGCGGGCAGGCAUGUGGGCAAAGCAUCCACUGCGUCCGUGGAGGAGCAGCCUGUGGAAUCCAUAGGAGCUGAAGUCAUGGGUCUGCCCGUCACACCGCGUACAACCAAACAGGCGCGCAACAAAAGCGAAGAAGCCAUCAAUGAUCUCCUCACGCGCAUCCCGGACAUUGGCAAGCUGUUCGAUGUGCAUAGCCGGAUUGGCAACGGGACCUUUAGCACUGUGCUGCUGGGCACACUGCGGCGGGAAUCGCAUCUGCCGGACAGUCUGCGCCGCAAGUUUGCCAUCAAGCAUCACAUACCCACCAGUCAUCCGGAUAGGAUAAUGAAGGAGCUGCAGUGCAUGACCAAAAUGGGGGGAAUGGAGAACGUGGUGGGCAUCCACUGUUGCCUGCGUUGCGACGCCUCCGCCGCUUUUGUGAUGCCCUACAUGGCGCAUGACCGAUUCCACGACUUCUACACGCGCAUGGAUGUGCCCGAGAUCCGGCUGUAUAUGCGCAAUCUCCUGGUGGCCCUGCGUCAUGUCCACAAGUUCGAUGUCAUCCAUCGCGACGUGAAGCCGAGCAACUUUCUCUACAAUCGACGCCGGCGAGAGUUUCUCCUGGUCGAUUUCGGCCUGGCCCAGCAUGUGAACCCACCGGCUCUGCGAUCUUCCGGAUCUGCCGUAUCCAUCGCCGCCGCCAGCAACAACAACAAUAGCAAGCGACCACGCGAGCGUGAAUCAAUCGAAGCAGUGCAACAAAGUGCAUCAGCGGAUGCUGGUUUGGGUGGAGCUGUUAAACGUAUGCGUUUGCACGAGGACUCCAGCAAGAUGCCCCUGAAACCGGUCAACGAUAUUGCGCCCAGCGAUUCGCAGCAGCAGUCAGUAGAUGGGUCCAAUCCCGUCCAGCCACAGCCAAUGCAGCAGCAACAACAACAGCCGCAACUGGCGCAGCUGGACCAAACACCAUCAACGCCAUCGGGCAGCAAGUACAAUACGAAUCGAAAUGCCUCGACAGCGGCGGCUAAUAAUGCCAAGUGCUUCUGCUUUGCAAAUCCCUCGGUUUGCCUCAAUUGCCUGAUGAAGAAGGAGGUGCACGCCUCCAGGGCAGGAACACCUGGCUAUCGGCCGCCCGAGGUCUUGCUCAAGUACCCAGAUCAGACGACUGCUGUGGACGUUUGGGCGGCGGGUGUGAUUUUCCUCUCGAUCAUGUCGUCGGUGUACCCGUUUUUCAAGGCACCCAACGAUUUCAUUGCUCUGGCCGAGAUUGUAACCAUUUUCGGAGAUCAAGCGAUACGGAAAACGGCCCUGGCUCUGGAUCGUAUGAUCACCCUGAGUCAGAGGUCCAGGCCACUGAAUCUGCGAAAGUUAUGCCUGCGUUUUCGCCAUCGUUCCGUUUUCAGUGAUGCCAAGCUCCUCAAGAGCCACGAAUCUGUGGACGGAAGGUGCGAAGUAUGCCGGAAUUGUGAUCAAUACUUCUUCAACUGCCUGUGCGAUGACAGCGAAUAUUUGACAGAGCCACUGGAUGCAUACGAAUGCUUUCCGGCCAGCGCCUAUGACCUACUGCAUCGUCUGCUCGAGAUUAAUCCCCAUAAGCGGAUCACCGCCGACGAGGCACUAAAGCAUCCAUUCUUUACGGCCGCCGAGGAGGCCGAGCAGACGGAGCAAGAUCAACUGGCUAAUGGAACACCGCGCAAGAUGCGUCGACAAAGAUAUCAAAAUCACAAAACGGUGGCUGCCUCACCGGAGCAGCUCAAGCAGCAGGUGGCCCUUGAUUUGCAGCAAGCGGCCAUUAACAAGCUGUGAAACUAGUCCACACUAUGCAUGCAUACAUACAUACAAACAUACAUACACUUGUACAUAGACUAUACCCAGUUCGCAUAUCAUGAUUGUAUAUAGACCGCACACACCCACCUCCCGAGCACAUCUCAUUUUUGCACCCAUAACCAAGGGGAAACUCCCAGUCCAGUGUACGGUGUCGAAGUGCCCCGCUCGGCCACAUUUACUUACCUCAAGCUGCAGGAAGAUGAAACCAAAUGAAGCACGCAAGCCACACAACAUACACACACACACACAUACAUAUGUAGAUAUAUAUAUUUAAAGAAACGUUUCAAUCAUGAACAAUGGGCAAGGAAUACCAAUACCAAAAACAAACGAGGAGAGAUUGAUUAUGAAGUAUGGCUGAAAAGGCUACAAAUUGUUGUACAUUUAGGAUCAUGAAGGCGACCCAAGUGCAUGGCCACCACCGCCCAGUGGCAGAAAGUUCUGCACUAUCCAUCAUGUUGUAUAGUUCGAAUAGUCUUAUAGGUAACCUAAGUAUAAUAAUUGUAUAUCUGAAAACCAUGCGAAACAAGGAUAUAAGAGCGAAAAUAUAUUUAUACCAUGAAGAUUGAA